UAUUGAUACACUUUUUAAAACCGAAACAAAAACGUUACAUGAUAUUCAGUGUUGUAGACAUGGCUAUGAAGCCCACCAGCCCACUCGCAUUGAAGCCCACAAGCCCACUCUGGGACAAGGACUGAAUGAACUGAGUAAAAGAAUGAUUAUUGCAUGGAUUGGUCUUGUCUUAUGUCAGUUCACACCAGAGACUUUCUCGACCAGAGUCAAUAUCACGGCACUAAGCACUGAGUUCUUACUGGCCUUCCCAAGACUUCAAUACACGAAAAUCAAUCUUCUCAUGUAUACAAGAGCCGAUGUGAUUAAGGUAAACGUAUACUUAACAAACCCAGGAAGCUCUAACCAUAGCAAGCUCAACGAGGUUUUAGUACAGGGAUCAAUGCCAGUUCAAUAUCAUCAAAGCACGACCGAAUUAGAUAUGCCAUUGAAGGAAUACAGUCACCUCAAGUGCUUGCUGCUGACCAGUGACCAACCGUUCGGCGUUUUUGUCCACUUGUAUGAUGGAAACGAUUUUUUGAGCAGCUUCAUGGCGCUUCCAGUUCAGGCUUUUGGGAAAGUUUAUAUGGUCAUCACUCACCUGAAACGACCAUUUCUCAUAGUCAUGGCUCAGCGGAAAACGAAACUCUUUGUCUCACUCAGUAUCGAUCCCGUCCAUGAUCUAGUGGUGGACGGGGAAAUCCAUCCAGUCGGCACCCAUAACUGGAGAACAAUACAGCUGGACAGCUACCAAGCUUUCUCUUUAUCAAAGUGUCUUGACGAAAGUCUUUAUCCAAAUAUCUCACUAACAGGAAGUAGAAUUGAGAGUACCCAUCCUAUUGGCGUCAUUUCCGGCAGUUGCAGCUCAACUCAAGACAAUUGUAAAGAGGACGACUAUGCUAUGCCUGACCUAAGCUCAGAAAUGCUCCUGCCCGAGAGGAUGUACGGGCUGAGAUUUGUCAUAGUGUACUCCCAUCAGAGAACGGAUAAGGACCUUGCUUGGGUUACGCCUUCUGAAUCGAACACCACCGUCCUCUACUACUACAAGACGUCGAUAAAUAGAUUUCAUGUAAAAGAACUUGUUGUAAUGAGGCUCAAUUUCUUUAACCUGAAUGGCUAUGCUGUCAGCGAUAAGCCUGUCGCCAUGUACCUGUAUAUUAAUACUACAUGUCAGUACCACCAAGAUAAAGGCGGCCCCUCAAUUUCAGUGGUAAUACCGAAUGAGCUUUUCUUCAACUUCUACGCGUGGGUAAUUCCCCCAAUGGACGAUAUCGUAAACUUCAUAAGCCUUGUUAUACCAGUCUAUUACACAUUUGAGUAUAUGCUCUGGAACGGUGGCCCCAUUCCCUAUAUAAAUGUGACUAAGGAUGAAGGUUUGGUUAACUUCAGCUACUACAUAGUGACCCUUGAGUUGAGGUCCAAUACUACCGAUGGAGUUCUGGACACCUACUAUUACUUUGGAUGCUAUUUUUCUGGAUUUAGCAAAGGAUCUUUCUUCCAAGCGGCUGGGUUUAACUAUGUAGAUGAAAAGUUUAAUUGUAGCCCUUCUGACGACUUUAAUGGGGACACAAGAGACAACGACUGUGAUGGAAUUUACGAUGAGGAAAUUAAAAAUGGAUUAGACGACGACGGAGAUGGUCUUAUAGACGAGGACACGUACAAUGUUUCAGGAUGCUCGAUGUUCGGCAGGUGGGGACGACAUUGCUUGUACGGCUGCUCAGACUAUUGCAGAGAGGACUGCGACAAGGACUAUGGCGUGUGUUUAGACUGCGUGGAUGGGCGAAUGAUGCCAACAAAUAUGUGCUUAGAAGUCUGUCCUGAAUUUACUUACGGGAAUCACUGCCAAGAAAACUGUUCAAUCAAAUGUAAUGGUAAAGACUGCUUAGAACGUUAUACGGGAGAAUGUGAACCACUGGGGAUAGAAGUCACAGUUCCUUGGGCAACAGCGGAACUGAACGGCACAACAGUUAUGCCCCAACCCACGAGAAUGCCUGACACAGUUAAACCGUUUGCUACAACGACGCCGUCUAACACAAGGAAAGUGACCACCACAAAACUGGCCGAAACAACGCAGCCGGAAGAGCAUGAAAAUACGAGCGUUUUUUCCAAACUGUUUGUGGCGCUGGUUGUGAUAUCAACUGUCAUUGGAGCCUCGGGAGUCAUUUACUACAGAAUAAAAACUCAGCCAUCUGUAGAAGAGAUAGCUGCGGCACUUGAAGCGAAGCCGCUGGCGAAGGAGGAAGAGAAAGUGGCUUCUCCAGAGAAAAAGACUAUGUCGAAAGAUCAAGUGCCUGAAACCCGGAAGAAGUCGAUUGAGUCGAUUAACGUAAAGAAGUUAUCGGUGUCGUCUGAAGCCACGACUACAUGGGUUUAAGUUGUCGAUGUCGUCUGAAGCUACGAGUACAUGGGUUUAAGUUGUCGAUGUCGUCUGAAGCCACGAGUACAUGGGUUUAAGUUGUCGAUGUCGUCUGAAGCCACGAGUACAUAGGUUUAAGUUGUCGAUGUCGUCUGAAGCCACGAGUACAUGGGUUUAAGUUGUCGAUGUCGUCUGAAGCCACGAGUACAUGGGUUUAAGUUGUCGAUGUCGUCUGAAGCCACGAGUACAUGGGUUUAAGUUGUCGAUGUCGUCUGAAGCCACGAGUACAUGGGUUUAAGUUGUCGAUGUCGUCUGAAGCCACGAGUACAUGGGUUUAAGUUGUCGAUGUCGUCUGAAGCCACGAGUACAUGGGUUUAAGUUGUCGAUGUCGUCUGAAGCCACGAGUACAUGGGUUUAAGUUGUCGAUGUCGUCUGAAGCCACGAGUACAUGGGUUUAAGUUGUCGAUGUCGUCUGAAGCCACGAGUACAUGGGUUUAGGAGACUGACAUCCAAAAAAAAGCAAAGUCCGUAGGAGAAGACAACAGACGAGAUUAUUAAGUGUUAUUGUUUUAUUACGCCCCUGGAAUUAUUGCAAGGCCAGACUUAAGAGGUCAAGGACGACAAUGUACCAUAAGAGACGAGAAGAAAGAGUACUGACUCAGUUUUUUUUUUUUUAGUGUUUUUUUCUAUUUUUAAAAUACCCAAAUAAACUUGAUAAUUAAAUUAAACUAAUUAUUUUUAAUUAUUA